UACAAUAACCAACCCAAUAUUUACGACAUAUUGAAUAAUGAAGAUCCAGUGAUUGAAGGACCCAUAGAUACCGACGCAUUAGUCAAGGAUAUAUUUGACACCGAUUUAAACAACUUCACCUUUCCUCCAUCCGAUAUGAUGUUUGAAUCACCUGUAGACAUGAGACGCCAUUCCGUCAGCUAUUUCAAUCCCCAACACUACCAACCAGCAAGCCGCACUUCAACUCCAUUUGGAAAUAAUAAUCAUAAUACACCUCCGACCCAGCAGCAGCUCCAUCCACACCACCAACAGCAACAACAGCGACUCCAGCAGUUUAUCCCAUUGGAUACCGUCAUCGAAUCUUCACCACACCGUGCUUCGCUUCCAAACAUCUUCUUAUCCGAUACAUCACGUCGUCAAUUAAACACAUCGAUUCAACAGCGAUUUGAUCGAAAGCGUUUUUAUCCACAAGACUGCCCCUUACCCAUGUCCGGUGUCGCCAGCCGAAGGUCCAGUAUCGCUUCUCCAAACGAUAUUUGCACAUGGAACAAAAUGGUGGAUGAAGAAACUUCACACAAGAAGUCAAGGCUCGAGAUACAAGAAGACAAUAAGGAUUAUCCCGUCAUCACAGAAGCAGACCUGGAAGCUGCCAAAAUUGAUCCAAAUGCCAUCCCACGUAAACAAAAGCUACGCUAUGAAGGUGAUGGGUAUACGCCAAAAUGGGUGCGAUAUACAGGCCAAUCAAAAGAAGGGUAUUGCGAUACAUGUAGGCCGGGAAAAUGGCUUCAAUUGAAAAAUAGCGCCUAUUGGUACCAUAAGCAAUUCUUUCAUGGUAUCUCGAGCGUGUCAGGCAAAGAGUUUCAAAAACCUUUGGAACAACGUGCAGGAGAGCAUGACGUGAUUGAAGGUCUAUGUCAUCAGUGUAGAAUAUUUGUGCCCAUUUGUAAUUCUAAAAGAAAAAAUAGCGUGCUUUGGUAUAGGCAUGCACAUAAGUGCCAUAUUUAUGAUAAACCCAAAUCUAAUAAACGCGUACAAGUGCCUCCUCCUCCUGCUCCUCCGCAACCACCAAAGACACACCUUCAACCAAUUUACUGAUUCCCCCCCCCCCUUCAUCCCUUUGCACCCAAAUUUUUGAUCUUGUCACACCCUGUCCAUAUUUUCUUUUUUCAGAAUAAACAUUGCAUACACAUGUAAAAUCCAAUAAAAAAAGCUUAUUUCCUCAUCAGUGAUGGGUAAAAC